CUCCUCGGUGCAGCUGCAACAAUAAAUCAUGUUCCAUAAAAGUGGACAAAACGCGGGUCUAAUCACCGAAAUUGAAACAAGAAAUGACACGGUGGCAUUAAAGGGAAACCUCGCUUCUGUUUUUAUAAUCCUUCAGAGACACUGGGCAGAACAUAAAAAAAAGGCAAGGGCAAAGACUUUGGAGGAGGAGGAGGAGGAGGAGGAGGAGGAGGAGGAGGAGGAGGAGCACUCCUGCUAAUUAAGUGUUUGAACCCGUGCCCUCCACAAACAGGUCUCCCGCCGAGGGGACGGACACGCAGCGCGCUCGGCCAAUCGGGGCCCUCAUUGAGUUGAGGUGGAGGUGAAGCGGCCAAUCAGAGCCUGGCACCUUGGAGCGACGCUGAGGCAGCUCUCGCCCGGACAGUGGCAGCAAUGGAGAAGGCAGAAAAUAAGAGCUGAGAGAAGCAGAAAUUCUUCCAGGGAGAGAGGAGGAAAAAAAAGAGAGAGAGACCGAGCGGCUGGUGAAUAAAAACAGGAUCCAUGACCCUGACACGAGGAUCCUUCACCUACUCAAACGGGGAGGAGUACCACGGGGAAUGGAAAGAAGGUUUACGUCAUGGCCUAGGUCAGCUGACCUUCAUCGACGGGACUUGCUACACGGGACAGUUUGAAAAUGGCCUCUUCAAUGGAUGUGGGAUGCUGGUCUUCCCUGACGGCUCCAGGUAUGAAGGUGAAUUCGUGCAGGGGAAAUUCCAAGGUGCGGGCAUCUUCACCCGCUUCGAUGGGACGAGGUUCGAGGGCGAGUUCAAAAACGGUUGCGUGGACGGCUACGGAGUUCUGACAUCCGUUGACGGAGGCCACGGCGGCGGCGGCCACGAGGGCCUGUUUGAAAACAACCAGCUGAUGAAGAGCGAGAACAGCCAGGGAGCUGUGACGAGGGCGCAGGCAGCGGCUGCCAAGGCCCGGGCUCUGGCCAAGUGACCUGGCCUUCGUCCACACGUUGGUUU